GGGAGGCGGGAGCUUGGACAGCUUUCCCGCGACUUCAAAGACUAUAAAUCAUUAACGGAAAAAAGAAAACUCCGUUCUUUUGCCCAGGAUACCUGGCGGUAAGGACACGCUUGUCGAACGCUCCGACUCCCUUGAGCACGCGGAAGCUCUAAGUGCCCAAGUUGAGCCACGGAACCGCUGGAAAGCCACUCCAACUCCAUCAGGACCUGUCUGGGAACGAGCGGAGCUCCAUCCAGCUCUCAGAGACGCUGUAAGUUGUCAAACUCAGCACAAAAGAAACUUCGUUCUCUUUGUGUCCAGCCCGUGGAGAAACACUCACGGAGAACGCCAAACAACGGAGAAAGCAUCAAACCGACGGACGACGCCGAAAGCUGCGGAGAAACACGGAGAACCGUCAAAUCAAAGAGGGAGGGACGCCUCGCUCUUCUGUUCCAUACUUCUCCAGUAUCCGUUCGAGAGGAGAACUAUGGUGGAAAAACUUAAUGUCAAAGAGCUUGGACCAGAUCAGCCCGACGUAAAGAUAAGCCAGCAGGACAAGGAGAGAGGUAAACUGUACACACUAGGCUUCUCCCAAAAUUGGUACACCAGGAAGCAGUGGCUAGCUGGAUGCAAUCACGCUAAUGCGUUAUUUUGCUUUCUGUGUUUGUUAUUCAAAACGGCUGGGAUCCACAGAAGGUGGAUGUGGAACUUGUGUCUCAUUGGGGACUCCAUUCAUUCUCUGACUGAGGAAUGCAGCGCAUCAGUGCAGCAGCCAACAAAGAAACGGAGGACGUUUGGACAGGGAGAACAGCAGCUGGGUGCAGAGCGAGAAAUCACCAGCGGCUGUCCCGCACAUCCCGCCUGUCGUCUUCCGAGCACCAUGCGAGCAGGAGAGACGCGCCCGGUGCCAUGCUGAACAACUCCCCGAGCCUGCUGCUGGCUCUCUCCGCGGUGGCUGCGCUUCUCCUGACAUGCCGGGGCUGGAGCGACGAAGACCUCCUCCUGCCGCCCAUCAACUCCUCCAACAGGUUCCUCGCCAACCUGGAGGUGGACGUGCGCUUCUCCAAGCGCUCGGUGGAGGAGAGCGAAUCCUCGCCCGACGCCUCCCCGCUGCAGACGCUCCUCAGUCCGGCUCAGUCCCAGUGCAACGUGAGCGUCCACCGCCUGCAGCCCACCUCGCUGGUGGCCCGCUGGGACUUCGGCUUCCAGUGUGACGUCCUCAUCUACACCACCAACAACCACGGCAGGGCGUUCUUCUCUGCCUCCUUCAACCGGGCUAACUCCCCCGUGGUCAUCGAGCACCUCGGGGUCACCGGGGGCCAGCAGGAAAUGAGACUGUGCGUGGGAUGCGGAAUGUCCCGGUACCGGAGGUUCGGUCAGGGCAGGUCCAGAGGACAGCAGAGCGGGGACCAGGUGACGUUCUGCUGCGUGGACUUCAGCCUGGACGAGCUGAAGGGGGACAAGAGCUGGGGUCUGAACCGGAAGCCCAUCGAGUCCACACUGGUGGCUUGUUUCAUGACUUUGGUCAUCAUCGUGUGGAGUGUUGCUGCGCUCAUAUGGCCGGUUCCGAUCAUUGCAGGGUUCCUGCCUAACGGGAUGGAGCAGAGGAGACCGAGAUAACUGAUCCAGCCUGUGCUGCUGCCUAUGCUACUGUAGCCAUGAAUGAAUGAAUUAAUUAAAGUGGAGCUUUGACAGAUGCUGGCUGCUCCUUAACCUUUAACCCCCCUCCUCCUCCUCCUCACUGGGACCCCCCAGGUAAAGUAUAAGGGAUUAUUACACUAGCCAUUAGUAAUCUAUACUGGGACCAACGUGUUUUACCCUUGUAGGCUUAGAUUCGUGUCAAACUGCCACAUUUCCUCCUUAAAGGUGUUUGUAAACUUUUUAACCUUUCUAGACAGCUUUUUGCCUUAUGUGUAGGACUUUUGCACUGAAGAAUAAACUUUAAAGUGUGCUGUCUCAGUAGGCUGUUGACUUAUAAUCAAACUCAGUAACCAGAACAUUAAAUAGUUUUUUAAUUAAACUUGAGAAGCUGUUAUUUAAGACUGACAUCUAUAGAAAGAGACCAUUUGAAUGCUGUUAUGUUUAUAAAACAUUGUUCUAAUAUGUGCUUAUUUGUAUUAAUGUUCUAAUAUUUUAAAUGAAAAUAAAACCAAUUAUAAGCUUUGUCACGUU